CACUCUUCUUUACCACCAGACCGUACUCAGUAAAGCUUGUGUCGUACGUUAAGUCGCUAGCGCUUGCGUGCGCGCAUCUUUUGAAUUUUUAUGCGAUUAUUCUCAACUCCACAAAGUGAACAUGUGAUUUUUGGAAAAAUGCUAGUUUUGUGGCUUUUCGUGGUCAUCGCCAUCGGCCGGACUCGUGCGAAUUUCGACCACCAAGUGGAGUAUCAGUGCAUCCAACACUGCCCUCUCCAGAAUCGGACGGAUGCAGGCCAUUACGACUACGCCUGUGAUUACGGAUGUAACAUCAACCAGUGCAACAAAGGCUGCAAAUUGUGGCGGAGAGCUUUGAACUCGUCGUGCCCCAAAGUCUGCAACGGUCCCAUGGACCGGCUCACCCCCAAAGCCCUCUACUGCGUAAUGGGGUGCAACGACGCCAUGACCAAAUACUUCAACCAGUUGAAGUCGAAACUGCUGACCCCUCCGGCCCCAGCUCUGGUGGCUGACACCCUCAGCGCCACUUCCCUCAGACUCGAGUGGAACUUCCCCGAGGCUAAGAGAGUCGGGCUGACUUACCACGUCCAGUGGAAGUACGAAGAACUGACAGCCACGUGGCACUACUGUCGUAAUGUUACGUGGUUUGACAACGACACGGUUUUAAUUGAAAACUUGCAACCCUACACGAAAUACAGAUUUCGCAUCGUCCUGAUUUUGGGCCACCAGGAGAACCAGAUCGUGUCGAACCCCAGCGUGGUCAUAAGUACCCUGGCUUCGGGAAUCCCAGUUUCGCCACCAAGUAGUGUACGAGUGGCUCCCAUUGAUUCCACACGUAUAAGUGUGAGCUGGGAACCUGGCCCUUUCCCGCACGGUCCCCUCCUCUCCUAUGUGCUCCAAAUCACUGAUAAUCAUCCAGAUGCCGAAGUACCACCGGAAGUCAAGGAUAUUCCGGCCGAAAAUAACUUCUACAUGUUUAGAAACUUACGGCCAGCUCGUAAUUACACCAUUUCCAUCAAAAUGAGAAAUGGGGUCGGGUCAGGGCCUUCGGCCAAAGUCACAGUUUCUACACCUUCCGAAUCUUUAGUAAAAGACACCCAACAACCAGUUCUAAUCCUUGGUACUGAGCAUGGAGUCGUAGAGGAGGGAACUGACAUCCUUGACGAACCUGCCAUCUUAUACAGCAGCAAAUUAAACAUAACAGGCAUUGGGAUACACAUCAGCAAAAAGCUCAUUUUCGUGUCAGAUUCCAAAGGCCACAUUAUCAAAAUGCCGCUAUCUCGCAACAACACGAACAAUAUCACGUACAUUUUGCCGCCGUUUCGCAUCAACCAGACGAAUUUCAUGCCUCUAGACCUAUCAAUUGACUGGUUGAACGACCAGUUGUACAUUUUGGGCAAAACGCAAAAUGUUAAACACCCAAUGUGGUUGAUAGCACGGUGCGAUCUGGAUGGCCGUGGGCUUACCAUCGCAGUGGCGGGUUUGACCACACAACCGUACAACAUUGAAGUGGACCCAUACAAUGGUUAUCUUUUCUGGGGCAUCCACGGCACCGGUCUUUACCGCUUAGACAUUUCCGAUUUUUCCAACGGAAUCAGACACGAAGUACAACCGGUACUAAUCCUCAGCGAGAAGAAACUAAACAUGAGUGCUUUCACAGUGGACCACACAAAUUUCCGGCUUUUUGUCGCAAACGAGCGCGAAAAAACCAUAAAUACAGUCUCGCUGGAUGGGAAGGAAAUAAUCAACGUGCGGCCAAACGUUAUCAAGUCGAAACUCGAAAACGUCGUGUCUUUAGCCACCGCUAACAAAAAAUUCUAUUGGACGAACGGUGACGAUAUUUUUUACGAAGAGUACCACAAUUCCGUCUACUUCCACAACUCGUACCCCGACCUAUCAUUGUCCACAAAAUCGUACAAGAAAGUUAUAAUUAACUUGCAAAGUUCGCAACCUAUCCCCAGCCCUGUGAACCCCCCAACCAACGUCCAGGCAAUUUUUGGGAGCAACAUAGCCAAAACAACGUGGCUGCCCCCUCAUUUGUUGGGGAUUCAGGGCAAGGGUGCUUGGCAGAACUGGUCGUACGAAGUCGCGAUUAAAGAAGUGGGUUCGCAAAAGUUCAUCUCGCACCGAAAUAUCAACACCACGUCUUACAAAAUCUCAGGCUUGAGGGAAAACACGGAGUAUGUUAUCAAAGCUGCGGCUUACACCAGGUCGGGGCAAGGGCCCUGGUCGUCCGAAUUCCGGGGAUUCACCUUAAGUCGCUCGAAAAACCCCAUGAUUUAUUGGUCGGCUGCCAAAGGCCUGCUGCGGACUGACGCCGCUGGGGAAAAUGUCGAGACGUUGAUUCACAAAAGCAGGAUUAAAGGCUCGGUUUUUAUCGACAUGACGUGGUACCAAGACUUGGUUUAUUUGGUCACGAAUGACUCGCAUGUCUAUUGGUACGACACCAGGAGUCAUAGUCAGGGACAGUUGAUUGGUAUUGACUCAGUUGGCAGUAUUGCUGUUGACUGGAUCGGGAAAAAACUCUACUGGUCGAACCCUAAACGACAAAUGAUUAUCAGAGGGAACUUGAAUGGUACCCAGCAGGAACCACUGCCAAUUCUCACACUGGCCAAGGAACUGAACAUUGAUUCAGUCAAAGCUUAUCUGUACUGGUCCACAGGGUUUGCAGUUCGCUGUGCACACCUUAACGGGGAAAACUUGAUAGAGUACCACCCGGUACAGCUAUUUUCCGGAAGACAAGUGAUGGGCCUAACCCUCGACAUGCACAACAAAUUCGUCUACUGGAUCGUCCGAGGUCUGGAAGGCUCGAAUUUAUUCCGGGCCCCGAUGGCCGGCUAUUCCGAAAAAAUCACCGAAAAUUUCAAAAUUACGAGUUUGCAAAAACCCAACAUGCAGGGCCCACUUUGCUACUUCCACAAGCGUCUCUUGUGGCUCCAAGACAACAAAAACGCGGCUAUUAGUGACCUCCAAGGCAACAACAUUGCCACAAUCAGCGGAAAAAGCAUGUCUGAUUUAACCCUAGUCUACGUGGUUGAUUCCUCAUUGCACGUUAUGCCCGACAUUCCCGAAAUUGUGGUAAUCCCCGAAACGGUAGACAAAAAUUCGGUCCGAGUGAUCGGUUCUUUAAAUUCGUUCAAUGUGACUUGGAACCCAGUCAAGAACGUCAACUACGGGCAAGUGUUUUACGAAGUCAGUAUUGACAGUCUUUUACGGAACGAUUCUGCAAUUGUUACGAAUUCGACUUCAGUGAGGUAUUGGCAACAAGUGGCCCCUUUUACCAAACUCCAAGUGGCAAUCCGGGCGUUCACUUAUUGGGGCACUUCGCCCCAAAUCCGCGCCAAAGUCUACUCCCCGGCCUCCACCCCUUCAGUCCCCACAAAUCUCCGAGCUUACGUAACGCACCACAGCAGCGGCACCAACGUCACUAUCACCGUCCGCUGGGGCCCUCCCUUGUUCCCCAACGGGGUGCUCAAAGGCUACAAGAUACACUGCUGGUACUUGGACGCCGCGCAACGAAGAGACAUGUGCCGGGACUUGGUCAAAAAACCGGAGGAGUUCCAGAUUGAUUUCAAGCCACCACACGACCACAUCUACUACUUCAACGUGCAAGCUUUCAGCGAAAUGGGCGACGGGGAUUUGUCCGACCCCAUCCAGGUCAACUCCAGCCAAGAACUACCAUUGCCACGGCUCUUGGUGGCGUCGGAAGACUCGAUUUUCAUCCAAGACAUUGACUCGGAUCGGAACGAGUCGCUCUUACACGGGAUUGUAACACCGACGGAGAUCGGCUAUCUGAUCAAAGAAUCGAAACUGUUCUGGAUCGACCAGUUGCAAAACCUCAUGAUGUACGAUAUGUUGAAAGGGAAUAAGACUAAAAUCACGAGCUUGCGGAACAAUGUCACGGGCGUGACCGUUGAUUGGCUGGAGCGGAGCAUUUACUACGCCCAGAGCGAGAAUUGGGACUCGGGCUCGAGCGUUUUCAAGCUUGAUUUAAACUAUGUUGAUCGGGGGAUUGUCAAAAUGAGCAAAGUUUUCUUCACGCCGGCUAGUAUCAGUAAAAUCGAGGUUUCGCCCUACACCAGGAAGCUCUACUGGGUGGAAAAAUCCAAGUUGAUGGUUUGCAACACCGAUGGGAGCGACAAAAGCGAGUUUUUUAACAAGAACAAGUACACCAAACGAUCCACACUUGGUGGGGGUUGCAAUUGCCCGGUGGACGUCAAUAUUGAGAAAACCUACACUUUGGACCACUCGACUGAGACUAAACCAUUGCUAGUUUUCGUAGAGUCUGACACUCAGAAUGUGGUGUCGGCCGACAAAAACGGCUGUUCCUGCAGUGUUAUUGCAAACAACUCACUUGGUGUCACACUCCCGCUUGAUCGUUUGAAAUCGGACUUUGGUACUUUGUAUUGGACAAAUUCGCGCCUUCUUCACGCACUGAGGAAGAAAGAGGCGAAUUUGGUCACGAAGGAGGUGAACGGUCGCGAUAUCCUCAUUUUCGGGCCGCAUAUGCAACCCUUCCCCCCUAGCGAGUGUCUGAGACCACGGCAGUUAGCCAACAUUAGAGUGACUCUAAAGGAAAAAACUUCAACUUCCUUGACUUUGGUUAUGCCAGAGGUUGGGCAAAUCUGCGCCGACACUUCGAUGCCCACGGUUGAGUACCGAAUUUAUUACGCGGAGAAAAUCGACAACAACACGUGUGACCUCACUUGCAACUUCUCCGCAACUUUCGAUAAAGAAUUCACGAUCAAAAGUUUGAAACCGUUCACUCACUACGUGGUUGCGGUCGCUGUUAGCAAUUACUACACCGAGGAAGAGGAAAUAGUCCUCGGACCCUCUACAGUUUUUCAGACCGCAAUCGGAGCACCGUCGCCCCCACAAAACGUCACAGUUAAAGUGCUGAACCCGACAAUGGCCCAAGUGUCGUGGUCGCCCCCUCAGCACCUCAACGGUGUGACAGUUCACUACGAAAUCUACUGCCAGACCGAACGGACCCUUUCGGGUGUUCGCCAAAAAGAACAGUCGAAUGUUGAGCAACAAUUUACCCCAAACUCCCACUUUCUCACGAUCGUCCUCAACAAACUCUCCCCUAAUGAGACUUACACGAUCUGGGUGAAGGCAUACAGUGAGACGAACGAGACGUCCAGUGACAGUGACAAAGUGCAAAUAAACACGUACCCCGAACCCAGUGACUUAAUUCUAGUGAACCGGACCGCGUACAUGUUGACUGUGACAUGGGACGUGUGUGCCAACAUCGACCACUACAACGUGCAAAUGUCCCCAGUCACGUCCAACGACUGGCGGAACGUGAGCGAAUCUGGCGAAGGUAUUUUCGCCAGUGAGGAGAAUUUGCAACCAAAGACACAGUACAAGUUCCGGUUGUCCCUCUCCUAUUACAAUUACCCCGAGGAGUACAUUUGGCCCCAAGACUCUCGCUUUGUUUACGAAACGCUUGGAGACAAGCCCUCGCCGCCUGGCACCCCCAAAAUCCAGUACGUCAAGCCCAACAUUUACAAAGUCUGGUGGGAGGAAGCCAAGGAUAACGGAGCACCGAUCGAAUUGUACAAACUCGAAGGGUUGGAAUUCCCGAAUUACCGCACGAAGAGAAGUACAAACCGUACCGCUUUCUUCUACACCGCGCCUUCGGUGGAGGAGGAAGAGCGGGAAUGGCAGCAGUUUUACAACGGGACUGAAACGUCCUGGAUUAUCAACGGCUUGAGCGAGAAAUACAAGUACGAAUUUAGGGUUCUGGCCUUGAAUGCGUACGGGUGGAGCGACCCGAGUGACUCUAGCACGGCCUUUGACCUGAACGAAGCCGCCAGAAUGGCCGAGAAGCAAAGCCCGAUGACGCUGAUUGCCAUUGCUACUUUUAUCCCAGUCUCGGUUUUCCUGAUCAUUUUGUUGUGCAUUGUGUGCCGGAAAUACGGGAAGCCGAAAAAAGUGCAAGUUGUGUCAAUACCACGGGGGCCUGACGUCGAGUUGGCGACACUGAGGGAACUCCCCCGGAGGGGCAUCCACAACACUAACGUGUUGUACGUCUCCACACAGCCCACGAGUGAGGAGAUGACGCUUUUGCCACAUAUUCGGAGGGACCAAAUUACUUUAAUGAAGUUUCUGGGAAGUGGGGCUUUUGGGGAGGUUUUUGAAGGGAAAGCCAGGGGGAUUUAUAACAGUUCAGGGGAUACUAAAGUAGCAGUCAAGACUUUGAGGAAGUGUGCCUCCGAUCAGGAGAAAGCUGAGUUCUUGCAAGAAGCGCAACUUAUGAGUAACUUCAAGCACGAACAUAUUUUGCAGCUUUUGGGGGUUUGUUUAGAUAAUGAUCCGCAUUUUAUCAUCAUGGAGUUGAUGCAAGGGGGCGAUUUGUUGACUUAUCUGCGCUCCUCCAGGAACCCCAACACCGACACCCCUUCCCUCUCCUUGAUCGAGCUCCUGAAAAUGUGCGUGGACGUGGCUAAGGGCUGCCGCUACCUGGAAGAGAUGCACUUCGUGCACAGAGACUUGGCCUGUCGUAACUGUCUCGUUUCGUCAAAAGACCCCGACCGAAUUGUGAAAAUCGGCGACUUCGGCCUGGCCCGGGACAUCUACAAGAACGACUACUACAGGAAAGAGGGCGAAGGCCUGCUGCCGGUCCGCUGGAUGGCCCCCGAGUCGCUGGUCGACGGAGUCUUCACGAGCCAGUCGGACGUCUGGGCCUUCGGGGUCCUCCUGUGGGAAAUAAUGACCUUGGGGCAACAGCCGUACCCCGCCCGAAACAACCUCGAAGUGCUGCAUUACGUACGGCGCGGGGGCCGGCUGGGGAAACCCACAGAUUGUCCAGAAACUUUGCACAAUUUGAUGCUGAAGUGUUGGGAAUUCGAGGCCGAUAAGAGGCCCACUUUCAAGUACUGCUUGGACGUGCUGGACAACCUGCACUUGCAGAACCUGCGGAGCCCCACGACGGGGGCCCACGAGGGCCAGUACAUAAGCACCGUGCAGGAAUAUUUUAUUCAAGGUAUUUCCAAUGAGGCGUAUUUUCGCGAUGAGAACUUUUCAGGUGACAUUGAAGAUGAUUCCAAUAAGGAGAAGACACCGUUUCUGGCCUCGGAAGCCGCUUCUGCAAUUCCCAAGUAUCUGGAAUUGUUGUAUGAACCAGAGACGUGCCCGCCAAAUGACGGCUAUGAAAUACCGAACCAAAUGCUGCAAAAUGAAAGUACAACUAAACGAAGUUCCUCAGUAGUGUCCAUAUCGAGUAAUGGGAAUGUGCCAGACAAGAAAACACAAAACGGCUCUAUUUGUAAAUAAUAUAUUUAUUAUUGUUGAUUAUUUAUGUCCGGAGUUGUGUAAAUAGGUCUAAAGGGCUCAAUGCGUCAGUAUUUUAUUUUUUAAGUGUGAAAAGUGCCUGAGAACAGUAUUUUAAUGAUUCACCAGUGUUUUCUAGAAAACUUACGUUUAAUAAAAUAUGUAAAUAUUUAACAAAUAGAAAUUAGUUAUACUUUUAGUUGUACAAUAAAGAAAAAGAUUGUGAUGAUUUUUAAUAAAAUAAAAUAAGUA